GCCAAAAAAUGUACUCUAUUCUGAAGAGGACUGGAUGGACUAUGAGUCGGAGUGCGGAAAGCGUUUCUUCCGAAUUCCGAUCUUCGGUUUGAAUGUGUGCUUGAUCACGAAGCAACCGGAGAACGGAAGCCGACCGGAAAAUGGCUCAACGGAAACCGAUGAUUUACGCGUUCGUGGCGCGUGGAUCCGACAUACUGGCGGAUUACACCAACUUCAACGGGAACUUCGACUCCAUAGCCUUCCAAUGCUUGCAGAAGCUUCCAGCAUCCAACAGCAAGUUCACCUACAACUGCGAUGGCCACACUUUUAACUACCUCGUCGAUAAAGGCUUCAGUAAGCGUCCCCUUUUGAAUUUAUCCGGAAAUUGAUAGAUACUGUUUAGUUGUUUUGUUCAUCUUAGAUUCGCUAAAUGAGGUGAAAUGGAAUGCCCGGUUAGGCGAUCGGGUUUUGUCCGAAGUAGUGAAGUUAUAUAUGAGUAUUAGCUUUAUCCCUUUGUGGAAUUCUCGUAUAGGAGAGGAUCUUUACAGUGUGGCGUUGUUUGCAAGUUAUUCGUGUGACAAAAACUAGAAUUGGACAAUGAGGUGAACGACAAGCUCGAUGUGAUUGCAGUUGUUAGAUUUCAGAUCUCCCCUCUCAUCUGAAUUCUUUGCUUCAAAAUCUGCUGUUUGUAAAUUGCAUAUAUUAAGAUUUUGAGACAAUUUAGAGGAUGUAUUUGAUUGAGAUCAGUGCGUUCAUAUGAAAAUGGAUGGAUUGAAGUCUGGUUGUGCCACAUUUGGUGCAUAUGCUUUUUUUUAACACUUUUUCUUAAAUCCACGAAAUGAAACCAUGAAUUUAAUUUGAUUUUGAUUACACAGCUCAUUGUGCUAUUGCUCUGUGGUUCUGUAGCUUAUUGUGUGGUUGCCGAAGAAUCAGCAGGAAGACAGGUUCCAAUAGCCUGCUUAGAGCGCAUCAAGGACGACUUUGUAUUAAAAUAUGGAGGGGAAAAGGCAUCUGCUGCUCCUUCUAAUAGUCUCAAGAAGGAAUUUGGAUAUUAACUUUGACUUGGAAAAUGCUCCCUCAAGAUUUAUGUUUCAUCUUCUUACCAUUGAGACUGUAUAUUGCAGGCCUAGGUUAAGGGAUCAUAUGCAAUAUUGCGUUGGCCAUCCAGAGGAGCUAAGCAAACUUACAAAGGUGAAAGCUCAGGUGUCAGAAGUCAAAGGUGUCAUGAUGGAGAACAUUGAGAAGGUACUAGACCGCGGCGAAAAGAUAGAGCUUCUUGUGGAUAAGACAGAGAAUCUUCGUGAUCAGGCACAGGACUUCAGAAGCACAGGCACACAACUGCGGAGAAAGAUGUGGCUGCAAAACAUGAAAGUUAAACUGAUAGUGCUGGGAAUCAUCAUCGCAUUGAUCUUAAUCAUCGUGCUUUCUGUUUGUCAUGGCUUCAACUGUGGAAAGUGACACUUACAUCUCUCUUAUGCCCCCAUCAUCUCCAUUCUCCACCAUUCCUCAUAUCACCAUAAGUGCAUUCACAGUCGUUCAAAUCUAUCUGCAAAUGUUUUUUUUUAAAAUUCAUUUUUUGGUUGUUAUGUGUGUAUUUUCGUGUCAUCCUAUGGAUAUUUUUGAAUGCUUACCUUGUUGUAGUCUAAACAUUUUUCUGUUUGCCUUAAGUGUCUUUUUACUAUACAUCAUCUGCAAUGUAAAAAUAUUCAUAGGCGCUCUUUGGUCACCCGAAUAGGUGUGAGUAUGG